UCAUUAUUAUUUUGGAAUUAUUAUAAAAGAAUUUGGGAAUAAUGAACAGAGAAAAAACAGGAAAAAAAGGUCCACCAAAAACUCCACACACGUUCAAUCAUCAUCUUCAACCCCCUUCUCUAUCACCUAGUAAACCACACACGCUUACACUACUCAUCGAGCAGCCGCAAGAGUUGAAUUAAGCUCUCAAUCCUCAAUCGCUGCAAGUUCAGAGGAACGGUUUGCUCUUCAAGAUACGAACACCCAGCUUUCGAUGAAUCAAAUGCAGCCGUUUUCCGGAGUAAUGAGACCCGCGCACCACCGGAGAGCCCACUCGGAGGUCAAUUUCCGGCUGCCGGAGGAUAUGGAUCUGGCGUCGGACCCAUUCGACGCGCCGGCGGGGAGUUUCGAGGAGAUGGGAUCCGAGGACGAUCUGUUCUCCACCUACAUGGAUAUGGAGAAGCUCGCUGGCGGCGGAUCUGCAAUCGGAGACUCUGUUUUCGACAAUGAUGGCGGCGGGACGGUGGAGGAGGCGGAGAAGAGUGGCGAAGGCGUGUCUAGGCCGAGACACAGGCACAGCAACUCGGUUGACAGCUCGAGCUUGCUGUUCAAUGAGAGUGGUAUCGAAGCUAAGAAAGCUAUGGCGCCGGAGAAGCUGGCUGAGCUGUGGUCUGUUGAUCCUAAGCGGGCCAAAAGGAUUUUGGCAAAUCGGCAAUCUGCAGCUCGAUCGAAAGAGAGAAAGGCACGUUAUAUAUCUGAGCUGGAGAGAAAAGUUCAGACCCUUCAAACUGAGGCCACAACUCUCUCAGCUCAACUCACUUUGUUCCAGAGAGAUACAUCUGGGCUGGGUAAUGAGAAUACAGGGCUUAAGCUUCGGUUGCAAGCCAUGGAACAGCAAGCUCAGUUACGUGAUGCACUUAAUGAGGCACUGAAGCAAGAAGUGGAGAGACUGAGAAUGGCCGCUGGAGAAAUAUCUUCCACAAACGACACUUUCAGUUUAUUACCUAUGCAGCAACUCUCUUACAACCAAUCGACUUUCUUUCCACAUCAGCUCAAUGAUUAUUGUAAUAUUUCAAUGCAGCACUUUUCGAGUUUUCCCGACUCGUCACACGAGGACCCUCUCGGGCGCUUUCAGGGCCUCGAUAUCGGCAGUCGGGCCCCGCACCUUGUUAAAUCCGAGGGCCCAUUUAUCUCUGCAAGUGAAAGCAACACAGCAUUCUGAACCUAUCUGGUGUUGUUAUGAAAAUAUAACUGUUUCUAGAAAGUCUACUUCGUUUUUUUACCUGUUCAUAGACUGACUGACGACUCGUUUUUUAACAUCCGAACCAUCAGCAACAAUUCUCAUUUUUUUUUUUGGUUGGGUGAAAAUAUUUUAUUUUCCAUUUUUGUUUCCCUUUGAGGUGUUUUUGGAUUGGCAUUCUCAGCUGAAAGUUUUAGUUUUAUUGUUUUGCUUCACUUGUUGGGUGAAGCUUUUUGUUAAUGGAGGAGGGACCCAGGUAGUUUUGCUGUCUGGUCUGUCUGUUGUAAUAAGACUUCUAAACAUUAAUUUAGAAUUUUCCCUUUUUUUUUUUUUUUU